AUGGACGGCCUCUCAGACAGCCCGUUAGACGCCUGCCUGGCACGAACCUAUAGCCAGCUGCUGCGCUUCGUCCAGGGCCGACUUGCACUGCUCGAGUUCUAUGAGAAGCUGUGGCUGGUGGGCUCUGGCAAGGUGCGCAGCGUCUCGGAGCUCGUCGAGCAGCUGCAAGAUUUUGCGGAGGAUCACGACGCGACCUUCAACCACCCAAACUUGACUCCUCUGAAGGCCGUCUUCAGCAGUGGUUCCAGCGGCUGCGCGCCGCGCUGGUCGCCACGUUCUCCCUCUACUUCCGUGACGUGCUCAGCCGGCAGGGCUCAGGCCUCCGAGUUCAAGGCACUCUGCGCCCGCACCGCCGCCGAUCACUUCGCGAGGCUGCAGAGCUUCCAGCGCAAGUGCGACGCGGCGCUGGUGGCGCUCGUCUACGACAGCAGGGAGGGCGGCGGCUGCGGCGGCCUCGGCUACCGCCACCCGGAGGAGCGGAGUCCACCGACCGCACUCCAGACCGACCCGUACACGGCCAUCGUCUGCUGCGCGAAGGGCGAGGCACAGACCUCGCUGUGGCUGGACCUGACAACGUCGCUGUUCGACCCGAGGCGGGACGUGACCAGCGGCCGGCCGACGUACGCCCUGCUGGGCGCGCACGCGGCCCAGUCCGUCUUCCACCUGCAGAUCAGCCCCUGCAUCAUACUGGUGGUGGUGUUCGACCCCAAGCGCUCCGAGCGCGACAGCUACGUCACUUCGUUCAUGCAGGAGACGGCCGCCGCCCUCCGCUGCAGUAGGAUCUACCUCAGCCUGAGGCCAGGCGCCAAGUAGCGCGCGUGUACAGGACGGCUUGCGCUGCCGAAGGGGCGCACUGCGGGAGGGAUCUGCCUUAUUGUUGCAGUCAGGCAAGCAAUAUUACGCACAGCGACAAGAUUGUGAUGCUGUCGGCGGCACUUGGAACUCUGCAAAGGGUGCAGUGUUCUUGGGUUGCUGGCUUGAUGAUUCCGCGGCUUUCAUCUGUGCUAUUGAUAAGCAUGCGUGUCAAGCGCAUGCAGUGCAUGCGUGUCAAAGACAUCAGCCCAGUGGAUGAACUGUAUUUUGGUCAUAUACUGUGCAU